UUGCAAAUUCUGUGACUACUUACCCAAAAUAGAAAAUAAUAAAAAAACUAGUUUUGUGUGUAGGUAAAGAGACAACGAAUUACCGAAAAUAAUUAACUGAAUAAUGUUGAAUAUGUUUGAAAUAAUAAUCAUUUUUACAUAAAACUUUCAGAUGAAAUUUUGUCAGGUACAUUUUCAUUGUAAAGUCCAAAUUUCAACAGUAUGUUGUCUAGUGUUCCAUGAUUUAUUUUUUUUUAUGAAAAAUCGUCUUACACAAAAAUCUUUGUUAAUUUUAAGUUCUAAAUUUGCUUGUGUUCUAAAUUUAAUCUGGUUGUUGAGUAUGCUGAUUAAUACUGCAGGUAUUAAAUAUUAAAUACGAAGUGUCAUUCAGUGCAACUGAAAAUUCAUCCCAAUUUGGCUCAUUCAAGGAGAAUAGUUGCAGUGGAGAAUUGUGUGCAUAAAUACCAGACAAUAUGAAUGAGGUCGAAGACAUAAUUGAUUUGAGUCAGAUAUCGUUUGAUGAUGAUGAGACUUGGCUAUAUGAAUCACCAAAAUCUUCCACACUGGGAGCAAGUGCCUCACUUUUCAUUAAACACCCGACUGAUAUAUUGAAUCAUUCUUUCAUUAAAGAACAUACUCAAGACUUAUGCUCAAAAGAGAGUAGCUCAAAAUAUAUUAACACACAAACAUUUACUAGGCCCAAAAAAAAAUUCAUUAGACCAAGUAUUGAAAAAUAUAAUCAGGAAUUAUUUUGUGAUAACAAUGAACUGUUGAAUAGGUCAAGUUCACCAGAAUCUCCUUUCAAUAAGACAUUAUUUGAAGAAACUCCUCAGAUGAAACCGUUAGAAUUCGAUCUAACACAAUCAGUUACAACUUGUUACUUUGAUAGAAUUGCUGCAAACGUUGAAAAUGAGGAUACCUUUCAGAAUGAAUCUCUACCUAGUCUAGUUAAUUCUAUGUGCAGUUCAACGUUUACAAAUCUGAUGGAAAGCAGUUUCAUCAAAAACGAUCCAGUUUUGAAACAGAUCUGUGAUACUGAUUUCACCGCAUCAAUUCUCAGUCAAGGUUCGGAACCUUCUUCACUUUUGAAUUCAAAUUAUGGUACUAAUGAUGUGGAUGAUUUUUUGAACAAAGUCUCUCAAGACGAUAUCAUGAAAACUUUAGAACUGAAUGGUGAGAUGAAGUGUUCUGGAGAUGCUUCUUAUAUUGUUUAUAAGAAGGAUGUAUGCGAUGAAAAUAAAAAAAUGCCACACAUUAUGGAUUUUGAGGAAUACCAUGAUGCGAGUGAUGCCAAUUUCGCAGAAGGCCAAAACCAAUAUCAGCACAACGGUACCUUUAGGAAAAAUACUAAACUAAGCAGUGCAACGUUUAGAAAGACUGACUAUAAUCGUCCUACGAUAGGGAGAAAUCACACAUACGAGAUUGACCCUAAAGAUGUGGAAGAAGCACGAAAUGUGACCUUGACAGUUGAAUCUCCAAAAUCAAGCAGGCCCCAUAUUCUGAAGAGUAGGAAUGAGACAAUAGUUAAAAGUAGUUCUAUGGAAGACUUUAAGAAAACCACCAUUUUGAAGGACAAUUGUAAUAAUGAUCUGAAUAGGUAUGCUUCCAAAGAAAGUAACUUGGAAGUUGAAUGUAUCAAUAGUAGAGGUGGAUCUAAGAAAUCUUUGGAUUGUUCUAUUGGUUCUGCGGACAGUUUAGAUCGAAUGUCGACUCUAUCAAGUAGUAGUAAAGGUUCAAAUAAAAUGCUUAAUAUGGAAGAGGUGGAAGCCAUCGCUGAAAAGCAGGAACAAAGUCUUCAUAACGUCAUGUCAACCCCAAAACCAAAUUGGUCUAACAAAAUGUUCAAUAGAGUCAUGUGGGAGCAUUCCAUCAUUUCACCUAUUGUAACAGGUGAUAUCCAAUCUGAUUCUGGGGAUUCGAGCGACGAAUACAAAAGUGUGAAGUCUUCCUUUUCCAAAAUUUCUCUUGAGAGCAACCCAGUGAAACAGACUAGGAGCUUGGUUUCUCUUCAGGAUCCUUCAGAUGCAAGGAAGCUCAAGAGUAUAAAUACCGUGGUCAACCCGAACAAUUUUUGCAAAGUCCCUAUGAGAGGAUCCGCCAGUAAUUUACAAAAACUUGUCGCGCCUGUACCAAAACUUCCCCAGGCAAGAGUUCCAUCGGCUGGUUCUAUAACCUCGAACCUGAAGACCAUGAAACCAAGCUUGAAAGGCUCCUACACCAGUUUGAAACCUGUCAACUCUUAUUUACCUGUAGCCCCACCCAUAAACGCUCCAUCCCAAGGACAGAAUUCAACAUACGUGGCGCCCGUGAACCCCAGUGCUCAGAACCAGGGAGGCAAGAAUAUCAGAAAUCAAGCGGCUGAUACCACGGUCGUCAAGAUGUCCGGCGAUGGAGUGUUUGUAAAACCAAAUGGACCACUCAGGAGUGGUCUUCCUAGGCCCACAUCUUCGACCAGUAUACCCAAACCCGUUUCGAGAAUACCGGGCCCGAGAAGAUUCAUACCACAAAAGCAAGACCCUAGGAAAUGAGCCGGAAAUAAUACUCCCACAUUACUAAUCAAAAUAUCAUGGAGUUUGUUGAAGUGCCUUAAAUAUUUUAGAAAAGCUGUCGAUAAAUUGAAUUCGUCGCAUAUCUAUUGCUCCUUUUAAAUUAUUAUUUAUGUGUUUAUAUUUAUACAAUUUUUGUACAAUGAUAAAUUUAUUAACUAUUAUAUAACUAAAAAUAAAUUUGUAUAUUGAAUUUUUGACAAAAACAUUAGAGAAAUGGCUGAUAAAGUGGGAGUUGAACUCCUAUAUUUAAUGUUUCAUAGUAUUUGUAUAUUAAGCCAAAAUGAUGAAGAAAACAAUUUACUAAUGUUUUUCAGAAAUACUCCUUGCAGUGUAGGCUGGUUUCAAUAAAAACUGCUUUUGUUAA